AUGCUGGUGCACACUUACUCCGCCAUGGAGCGCCCCGACGGGCUGGGCCCAGCGGCUAGCGGGGCCCGCCUGUCGUCGCUGCCCCAGGCGGCCUACGGGCCGGCGCCGCAGCUCUGCCACACGCCGACCGCCGCCGCCGCUGACUUCCAGCCGCCCUAUUUCCCGCCGCCCUACCCGCAGCCGCCACUGCCCUACGGCCAGGCGUCCGACGCCGCCGCCGCCUUUCCCCACCUGGCCGGGGACCCGUACGGUGGCCUGGCGCCCCUGGCACAGCCGCAGCCUCCGCAGGCUGCCUGGGCCGCGCCCCGCGCCGCCGCCCGCGCCCACGACGAGCCGCCCGGCCUGCUGGCGCCGCCCGCCCGCGCCCUGGGCCUCGACCCGCGCCGCGACUACGCCGCCGCUGUGCCGCGGCUCCUGCACGGCCUGGCCGACGGCGCGCACGGCCUGGCCGACGCGACCCUCGGCCUUCCCGGGCUGGCGGUGCCGCCGGGCCUGGAGGACCUGCAGGCCAUGGACGAGCCGGGAAUGAGCCUCCUGGACCAGUCCGUGAUCAAGAAAGUCCCCAUCCCCUCCAAAGCCAGCAGCCUUUCGGCCCUCUCAUUGGCCAAAGACAGCUUGGUUGGCGGCAUCACGAACCCCAGUGAGGUCUUCUGCUCCGUGCCAGGCCGGCUCUCUCUGCUCAGCUCGACGUCCAAGUACAAGGUGACAGUGGGGGAGGUCCAGCGGCGACUCUCACCUCCCGAGUGCCUCAAUGCCUCUCUCCUGGGUGGUGUCCUUCGCAGGGCCAAGUCCAAGAAUGGGGGCCGGUGCCUGCGGGAACGGCUGGAGAAGAUUGGGCUCAACUUGCCAGCUGGUCGUCGCAAGGCCGCCAAUGUGACACUGCUGACUUCACUAGUAGAGGGAGAGGCCGUACACCUGGCCCGAGACUUUGGCUACGUCUGUGAGACCGAGUUCCCAGCCAAGGCAGCUGCCGAGUACCUGUGCCGCCAGCAUGCUGACCCUGGGGAACUGCACAGCCGCAAGAGCAUGCUGCUGGCCGCCAAGCAGAUCUGCAAGGAGUUUGCAGACUUGAUGGCGCAGGACCGUUCACCGCUGGGGAACACCCGCCCAGCACUCAUCCUGGAGCCCGGAGUGCAGAGCUGCCUGACACACUUUAGCCUCAUGACCCACGGCUUCGGCGGGCCUGCCAUCUGUGCUGCCCUCACUGCCUUCCAGAACUACUUGCUGGAGUCACUCAAGGGGCUGGACAAGAUGUUUCUAAGCAGUGCAGGCAGUGGGCAUGGUGACACCAAGGCUUCGGAGAAGGAUGCCAAACAUCGGAAGUAA